AUGUCGGAGAAUCAGCGUCACGUGGAUCUGCGAAUUGGUGGCACAGCUCCACCCGAUACACACGCGCCCGAUCGCAGUCCGAUUCGCACAACUACAACUUGGCGUUGGCUUGCCAUCACAAACCACACACUGGCAGCACUGACAGCUAGUCUACCAAAAACAUACCGAAUCCAUGAUAUUGAAAAGAGACAAGAAACUAUGUGA